AUGGACGCGGCCGGGCCCCUCGCGCUCAGGAGAAGGGCGACUUUCGCGGCGGGAAUAAGUUUGCCGCCGCUGGACGAGAGGUCCGCGGCGGCGUUCGGGAGCCCGGGCGGCAGCACCGGGCCGGAGAACCGACGUGGCCGGGCGGUGGAGACGGUCCAGGCUAAGAGCAGGAGCGAGAAGAAGAAGGACAGGAAUGACUUAAGCGACACGCUGAGCUGUCACAAGGCUCAGGAGUCCCUGCUGAGCUCAACCAGUGGUUACAACAACUACAGAGGAAUCCUCAACUGGUGUGUAGUGAUGCUGGUGCUGAGUAAUGCUCGUCUCUUCUUAGAAAACCUGUUAAAGUAUGGUGUACUGGUGGACCCUAUUCAGGUGAUUUCUUUGUUUCUGAAGGAUCCCUACAGCUGGCCAGCAGCAUGCCUGCUCAUUGUGUCCAAUGUGUUCAUUCUGGUGGCUCUCUACACAGAAAGGCAGCUGUCGAAGGGUACAUUCAGUGAACGUGUGGGAUUUCUGGUCCAUUGUAUUAACAUGGCAGUCAUGCUAACUUUCCCUGCUGCAGUGGUCCUCUUGGUCCCUUCUACAACCCCAGUUGGUGGUGUGUUCGUCGUUGGUACAUACAGCGUUCUCUUCCUAAAGAUGUACUCGUAUAAGGAUGUCAACCUGUGGUGCAGGGAGUUGAGUACCAUCAAGGCCAAGAAGCUGGCCCGCUCCUUGUCCUGUCCGUCUCCACAGCAGUUCAGUGGGAAGGUGUGCUAUCCUGGUAAUCUCACCAUCAGAGACAUGUACUACUUUGUCUUGGCUCCAACUCUGUGCUACGAGCUCAACUUCCCUCGCUCUCCGAAGAUUCGCAUGAGUUUCCUUCUGAGGAGACUGUUUGAGAUGCUGUUCUUUAUUCAGCUGUUGGUUUGUCUUACACAACAGUGGAUGAUUCCCAUCAUUCAAAGCUCCAUGAAACCACUUGAGGACAUGGAUCUGUCUAGGAUGACCGAGAGACUCCUGAGAUUAGCUGUUCCUAAUCACUUGCUGUGGCUGAUGUUUUUCUACUCGUUCUUCCACUCGUCUCUGAACUUCACCGCUGAGCUGCUCCGCUUUGGAGACAGACAGUUUUACAAGGACUGGUGGAAUUCGGAGACGGUGACAUAUUUCUGGCAGAACUGGAACAUUCCUGUACACAAGUGGUGUCUACGCCACUUUUACAAGCCACUGCUGAGGAAGGGAUUUAGUAAAAUGGUCAGCCAGUCAGCUGUCUUCUUCCUGUCAGCUUUCUUCCAUGAGUAUCUGGUGAGUGUACCUCUCAGGAUGUUCAGGCUUUGGUCUUUCUUGGGCAUGAUGGCACAGAUUCCACUAGCAUGGUUUGUUGGUCGCUUUCUGCGAGGUAACUACGGCAACGCUGCAGUGUGGAUGUCCAUUAUCAUUGGUCAGCCUUUCGCCAUCCUGAUGUACGUCCAUGACUACUACGUCCGGAACUACAGACAUGACGCUGACUAAUGCCUGUACACACACGAAUGCAAAGGCGUUCACGCUGCUUGCAUCUUCCUCUGACAAUAAACAAAUAAGUAGCGUCACAGUGUAGGAGACGCAUCUAUCGCAUUACGAUCGUAGCAUGUUUACAUUGGAGGCACUGACCUUUGGGCCUCCUGCUGUGAAAACGAUGGGAUUUCGACCGUAUGCAUUUUAAAAGCAGCUAGUGUUGAGACACUACUGUACAGUAACUUAGCGAGGUGUGGAAUGGAGCUCAGGUGAUUUUUCUUCCUGUUUUAUCAUUUCUACUGUAUAAUGGUCAGUUUGCUGAGAUUAUAGUUUAAUGGAUCAAGUGUCUUGCUGGAAGCUUGUGGCCUUAAACUGUUUUUACUGCAUAGCCUGAAUGUGUGCGUCUUGGUGGCAGAUUUUAAUUAAUGUACAGUACAGGUUUCGAUUAGUCUUUUACUUAAUGUUCGUGGGGUUUUCGUACCUGAUUUUCCAUUUUAAGUCACCACAUCAGCAUUUUGUAUGUUUGUGUCCUGCUGUAGUCGCACUGAACUGCAGCCAAGGUCCGAUGCUGUACCUGAUUAUAGGAUGUGUCCAAAUACCACUUGUGCCUAAAAGUAAAGACUCAGAGUUUCAUAUAAAGCUUUAUUUCAGUAUGA